AGGACCUCCUUAUUUUCAGUCAAAAACCGGGCUUCACGAUAUAAUCGUGCAUGACGAAAGUAUGUGCUUUCCCCCACUGUAGUUUCUAUACUAGUCGUACUCGUCGUAGUUCUUGCAUGUUUGUCUAUUGUUUUGCUUCUAUUGUUCUUACUCAAUUGCUGGAGUUUUUUGAAAAAAUCAUAUGAAAACGAUGCUCACAAUAUCGGACAAAAAAGUUUGCUUCCUCACGUACGCUAUGCAGCGGCCACUGCACAGCGCUCGAACAACGGCCGCGGCUAUCCGCGCCAGACACCGCCAGCCGGGACACGACAGCACUGACGGUGGACUGUAGCUUACUAGUGGAGAAUAUCCAGGAAAAAGCACCCAUCCCCAUCCAUUUUUUGCAUGACAAACAAAGGAGCGCAUGCAUGUUUUGCAUGACAAAUUGGAUAGGGAUGGGUGUUUUUUCCUGGAUAGAGAACGACUCCGCGACGUGGUGCAUUUCUUCGUACGUUCAACACGCAGAAGUACUACCGUUUAUUCCGCACCUCACCCUAACCACCUCACCGCCGCCACAAAAAUAAAAAAUGGCGAAGCUCGAGCGCGCCAUGCGGCGGCUCGGCCGUCGCGUGUGGGACACACCGAUUGUGUGCGCGAUGACCUGGUUCCUGUUCGGCGUGGUGAUGCUGUUUUUCAUGCUGUUUUCCCCCCUUUGCCUCUCCACACGACCGUGCAACAUCUCGCAACUGACGGAAAAAAUGGUCCUGACCUCCUACCCGGGGUCGGAAGUUCCGCACGGCACGGAAAUUGAAAUCUACUGCACGAACAACCAACUUGUCCCAUCCCACCCGGUGCUGAAAUGCGAUGACAGCGUUCUGCAACCGAUCGACGCCGUGCACUGCAUGACCACCGCCGCCGCGCAGGAAGCGGCGCGACAAGCCCAGAAGAAACAGGCGGAGCAGGAGAAGUCAAAUUCUGCUUGCGCCAUAACCCCAACGGAAGGGCGGACGUGUCCGGCGGUCGGGACGUUAAAGAUACUUCUGAAGAACACGCCAAGAGACUUCUGCUACAGCUACUGGGAAGUGUAUAGUAGUUCUCUCUAGCUUUUCUGCUUUUUCAUGAUCCUAACGCUACGUCGCUGUUCUAGAACUAGAUCUCAGCGUGAUCGCAUUUGUAGGUAUCGCACAACUACUUGUUUGACUUCUGGGAUGAAGUAAAUUCUUUUUCAGCACUAAGUAAUUCCAUUCUGAACGACGAACAUGCAUCAACAUCAUAUCACAGCUGCAACGAAGUCUACCCUCUCCUCACCGGCGCGGAGCACGAUCUAGUCACCAACGAGUGCUAUCCACUGCAACAGUAUCACACUCGUAUGAAUGCCAGGCUUGCCUGAGAAAUCUGCUUUUGUUACCUAGAUCUGCAUGACAAAUUUCAUCUUUCCUUUUGGGAAAAUUUGUCAUGCAGUUUGGACUUGGAGCGAUACUUUUGCAAUGCAUACAUGCCGCAUAUACUGCAGUCCAGCGGAUCCGUAUGCGAUCUGUUCGAGCUUGCGGGACGGGGAGUGCCAGUUAAACGAAAACUGCAUUUGGAAUCCCAACGCGGUGCCACCGGACCCGAAGUGUGGCAGUUACGCCCCGAUUCUUGUGGAUGAAACGGUACCACUCGGCGGCUUCAAGUCCAAAACGGUGGAACAAAUCCUCCGGGAAACGACCUGCUUCAUCGCGUAUCCACAGUAAAUUUCCUGUACACGUACAAAUGCUGUCUCUGCAUGACAAAAUUUGCCUUCAAUCUUAGUCAGCAUGACAAGUUUGACAUUCCGAGUUAGCGAAGUUUGUGAUGCAUUUUGUACAUGUACAGGAAAUUUGUAUUGCAUAUCGCGGGGCCGGAGUGCAUGGAACUCAGGGGGUCUUGCCUACGCAUUGCAAGUAUGUCUGGGUCUGGAAACAUGGAACUUGUAAUGCUAGUCUUACAUUCCUUUAAGUAAAUUAAAAUCUGUAUUGCAUGACUAACAAAAAAGACGCCCUGUUUGGUCAUACAAAAGCACAGUUUCUCAUGCACACUGAGCAUGAGAGAGCGUUCUGCAUCAAACUUGUCAUGCUUGGCUGCAGUGGCAAAUAGAAAUACUUCCGUCAUCCACUGUUCAGCAUCACAAGUUAUUUCCAGACCCAGAAAUAUUUGCAUUUGAAAUUGCCGGGAAAUCGACAACGGGGAGUACAUCCGGAAGGAAACCUGCGUAAACCAGCGAACCACCUGGGAUAUGCAUUGCAAAAAUAUCGUACUAGUACAAAUUGCAUUUACAAAUUUUCUCAUUCUCAGCAUGGCAAAUUGGAUUUGUCGUGCUGUUUUACCUCGGAAAGAAAAUUUGUCAUGCAUGCCCGCAAUUGGUACGAGUGCGAUACUUUUGCAAUGCAUACGGUAGAAACGGGACAGCACCCGGUUUAUCCACUGGGAUAAUGUGGAAACCGACGCGAGUAGGUCCUGCGCCAUGGGCGGAAGAUGGAUUUUGCAGCGAGGGACAAACUAUCCUGUGCAAAAGUAUCGUACUCGUAGUAAUUGCAAACAUGCAUUACAAAUUUCUUUCUCAAGUCAAAUCCGCAUUACAAAUUUUAUUUUUCAUGCUGAGGAAAUUUGUCAUGCGAUUUUUACUAGUACGAUGCUUUUGCAUUUCAUACAAACCGGAACGGGGCGGAUAUGUGCCAGGUUGUGGGGAGGCAGCAGAACUGGGAUCUAAUCCCCACGUACGACUUAGGGAACCCCUUUGGGUUAACAGAUUACAACGACGUGACUACCCAGCAAAUCAACGCAAGAGCAGCGGAGAAAAGGCUACGGUGGGACCAUUUAGAGUGCAAAUUUGAGGCCAACCAAAAUAACGUGCCGGAGCCCUACAUUAGGUUGGUGGAUUGCAGCUGCGAUAGGAGGUAUGUUGUAGCUUUACCUUUUAGGAAAUGGACGCGAGUUUGUGAUGCAAAACUGCAUGGUACGGCGUAGGUUCGCGUUUUGCAUCGCACCUUACUUACACAAGGCACCAACUUGCUGUCGCUAAUGACUUCUACAAACACCCAAUAAAAACUGUAGGUUUUGCUCCGACCGUGGUAACGCUGUCCCCAACCCAGCUUACCCCGCGACCAGCACCAUCCGCUGCAUAUGCACCUGCGACGAGGAGCGUUACGGAGGUCCUAUGCACUGCAAAUUUGUCUGGGUCCUCUGGAAGAAUCUGAAGUUGUGAUGCGCAUUUCACAACACACACUAAUCUCUCAUGUACAGGCAGCAAAAGAUAAAGAUUCCCACUCCCUGUCACCCAAGUGUGGGAUUUGCCAUGCGGAUCAGGCAUUGCGAAACCUUCUCGAAACGACCUGUGAUGCCACGGCUCGCAUGUCAGAGCUUCCGUGUCAUGCACAAACAGCAUGAAAACAUCUUCCAGAUGACGCAGACACAUUUGCACUCCAUAGGCCCGCGUUGUGAGCAACUCCGCUGCAUCGCGCGAACCGACGAGAUAUCCUGUGCAAAAGUAUCGCACUCGUAGUAAUUGCAAUCAUGCAAUACAAUUUUUUUUCUAAAGGUAAAUCCGCACUACAGACUUUAUUUCUCAUGCUGAGGAAAUUUGUAAUGCAUUUAUACGAGUGCGAUACUUUUGCAGUUCAUAGGAGAUUGCGAACCCCCACCCGAACGGGGUGUGCAAGGAGGGCCGGUAUUUCCUCGCCGGGGAGUUUUGCACCCCGCAGUGCGCGGACCGGUUUGCGCCGACGGACCCCGGACCGUUUGAAUGCUUGGGCGACGGCACCUGGGACCAGGCGGGGCAGGAAUUCGACUGCGUGAUGACGUUUCACAGCUGCAACGCGUUUACGGAUAUCGUGAAUGCGGCGGACCCAUCCUGCGAAGAAGGGUCCUCGAUUAAGGAGCUUGAGUACUGCACCCCGGUCUGCGAACUGGGGUUCGAACCCAACCCCGCGGUGCCGAUCCAGUGUCUCCGAUCCGGCUUGGCAACGCGUUUUGAGUGCAAGCGCCCGUGCCAGCAGCCCUACGUGAUAAACAGCAAGCAGACCGGCGCCUGCCAAAAGCGGAGGAGAAUCGUCGGGGGGCAGAUUUGCCGGCCCGAUUGCGAAACGGGGACGUACGCCAUGCCGCCGGACGACCGAACUUGUCAGGAUGACGGGCAGCUGUCCGGCGUGCCGUUCGCCUGUCUCACCGGCGACCCGCCGGAGGGCUGGAAAGCGCCCGGGACGCUCGACGAGGUGGUGUAUGUUUCCGAUCCGGACGCGGGCGAGAAGCAUUUCGGCACCAUAGACACGGAUUUGUCCAACCAGGGCGCGCACCGGAGAAACGGCACCUGCAGCGCUGGGUACACUGGAUAUCCGGCGUGUUCAGAUUUGAUGAGGUGUCAGGUCAUGGCGGACGUGGCGAAUUCGGCGGAUCCGCCGUGUGAGGAGGGACUAGUAGUGUCGAUCCAGUGCACACCCAAGUGCUUGACCGGGUUCAACCCAGAUACACCCAAGUUGGUGUGCAUAGUACUGAAACUGAUGGGUUGUUCGUUGAUUUUUUUCAAGUCUCGAUUUGUUUGUUUACGCAAAACGUCAAUGACAAAUCUGUACAUUGUCAUGGGUCUUCAUAGCAAAAGAAAAAGAUUUGUCUAUCCAAAACUCCCUACUAUAAUCAGGAUAACAUCCUGUACCCGCCGCGGUUCGAGUGCAUGCCGGAAUUUGCCGGUACCUGCGAGAUAUGCAUUGCAAAAGUAUCGUACUCGUAUAAAUGCAAUACAAAUUUCUGCAGCAUGAGAAAUGAAAUUUGUAAUGCAGAUUUAGCUUAAGAAAGGGAUUUGUAAUGCAUGAUUGCAAUACAACGAGUGCGAUACUUUUGCAGUUCAUACGAGAUCAUGGCGUACACGGCGUUUGGUGUUUCCGGUCUGUGUAUGCAUUGCAAAGGUAUCGUAUUAUGUAUAAACUGCAUGACAAAUUUGCUGAAGAACAAAAAUGCAAUUUGUAAUGCUGUUUUCCCUUAGAAAGUAGAUCGGUCAUGCAUGAUGGCUACAAUUACAACGACGAGCACGAUACUUUUGCACUGGAUACUGUGGGUCUUGGUUCUCUUCUGUCUCGUGUGUUUGUCCCGAGAAAAGGCCGCACCCAAGGACUUCGACGUAAAGGGGGAAAUGAACAACUACAACGUGUUAUCAUUCGUAAAAACGUCCCCACCCCAUAGUUGUCAUGCAGUUCUGCAUACUGAAGAUGUUUCUCAUGCGGAGCCCCAUGAGAAGCAUUUUCUAAUCAUCAUGCGGAAAGUGUCAUGCUCCAAUCAGCAUGUCAUGCUAGAUUUGUGAUGCUAGUGAACUAGCUAAACAGGAUUACACUCUGAGGCCAAACUUGUCAUGCGCAACAGCCAGGCCUGGUUCAUUUGUGUAGCAGAAUUCCCAUCUUGACUCAGGGGUGUGGACGCUUUUACACAGGAUACGUGUACCGAUCCGAAGUCGCCGACAGCGGUGAGGUCGAUCCGUUGUAUGAGAUGAGUGCACAACUCCCCCUCUCCCUCAUUUGUAAUGCAAAAUACCGAACUCACACCCUGCUCGUACGUAAGCACUGCUAGCAUGGAAAAUUUUGGAACCUCUAAUAGUACUACAAUUCGCACACAGAUUUUGAUUUGUCGUGCGAAAGCCCCUGUUCUGCUGUUGUUUGUGUUGCUGUUCAUACCAUACAGAUGAGGGGGAGAGGAGUUGUGCGGUCUCAUACAUUGACGCCAAAAUCCAGGAAAAAGAGAAGUAGCAGAGGUGGUUUGGCGGACAUACCGGAGGACGGGGUACUACCGUCGGGAAAAAGUGGCGUGCAGCACGUACUGAUUUUUUAAGCAAGCUUUUCUUCUAUAAUUUCCUUAUUGAAAAUAAAGUAUUUCCUCUGAUGAACUUGUCAUGCCAACCAUGCUUUGAAACUUGAUCUUGUCAUGCAAACCCCGAAUCAAAUUCAAAAAUUCACCUCAGUAUGACUUCAAGUCCAUGGCCUCGCGGGAGCUGACCUCAUCCGAAAGGCAAGCCAUCAUCGACAAUCGUUCCUCGACAGACUUCUUUGUGCCCGAGUCCCAGCUUGCGGAGUACAUGCAGAAAAAGGCCAUGAUGGAAUCGAUAGAAGACGACGAAUAUGCAUUGCGGAAGGAUCGCACUAGCAUGAAUUGCAUUACCAGUUUUAUUCCCACAAGGAAAAGUUGUAAAUUGGAUUCGUGAACAAGAUAGUGCUGACUCACGUGGAAAGAUAGAUUUGUCAUGCUGUAGUGCAAUGCAAUUGCAAUGUGCAUGGCAAUUCGAGUCGUGCGAUCCUUUUGCAAUGCAUAACGAAGACGCGAAAUCGCAGUCCCGCGCGCCCUCCGUCGCGUCCACACCCUCCAUGAUGUCUUACGCGAGUUACGACCCGCAAGAGGGCUUGAAAUCCCCACAGGGGUACCCGUUGCAAAGGUUUAAGACAACCAAACCCGGCUACAUCUGCGACGCGUGUGACAACGUGAAGCCGAAGGGAAGCGUGAUGUUCUCCGCAAGGGAAGAAUCCUACGAUGUGUGCAUGGAGUGCGUGCUGAAAAUGGCCCGGGGAUUUGGCACGCCGAAGGAUUUGUACUUGCAGGAGCAGGCCAGACAGGAGUCCCUAAAGGACGACCCAAUAACAAUCGGGAUAAGUCCGCACGAAAAAUUUGUGAAAUCCGCACCAAAGAGGGAAAAGGAGGAAACAAGAAUACCAAACGAGAAACUGCGGGUGACAUAGGAGGUUUUUCUAGUAUAAUUGGCGGGCCGGUGGGACUGGACCGAGGUUUUUUGUUCUCAGGAAAAAGCGGCGGUGCCGGUGCGGGCGCGUUGCACGGGAGGGCCUCGACUGCGGAUGGAUGGUGACUACUUGUUUUCACAGAACUCCCUCGUUUUGCCUUUACAAUCAAUGCAUUUGUAAGGGCAAACCGGCGGAGAAAAUCAGACACUUUUUGAGUUGUUCAGGAUUACAGCACAGGAACUCGAACCGAGAAAGAUGUUCAAUAGAGACGAAGAAAGAAUCUUGCUGAAAGUCUACGACUUCAUAUUCACCAGUAUUAUACGAAAACUAAAAAACGAUGUACUGCCGCAAAAACAUUGAUCCGGGUGCAGUCCGUGCAGACAGCAAUAAUGCCGCAG